AUGGGCACUCAAACGAGUCCUGAGGGCACAGCAAUCUCCUCCUCCGAAGAAAAGCCUCUCCUCAAAACAGCUCAUCGCAAAGUCGACAAGAGGCUUCUACUAUGGUACUCCUUCGUUUACCUCAUCAUGCGAAUCCACGUCAGCAACAUCAGCAACGCAGCCAUCAUCAACCUCGAACAAGGCACCGGCAUCAAGAAGCAGCUCGGCAACCUCUCCAGCUCAGAGUGGGCGUGGGCUUUGAGCAUCUUUUACUACCCCUACAUGUUCUUCGAGCCUCUCGCCACGCUCGCGUUGAAGAGGUUUUCGCCUUCAGUGUGGAUGAGUCGGAUCAUGAUUACUUGGGCUUCCGCUUCGGAUUAUCCCGAGACCGUCGAGUUCCUCACAGACUCGGAAAGAGAAGCAAUCCUAUCCGAUCUCCCCGAGCAAGCACCAACCAUGAAGUCCAAGACAAUCAAUCUCCAACAAGUCAAGGAUCUCUUCAGUGAUCCGACAUUCAUUCCGUUCUUGAUGAUUUGGAUUACCCACGGCAUCGGUGGAUGGGGAAUAUCCUUUGUCCUACCCACUGUCAUUUACGAACUUGGCAUUUCGAACACUGCUAUUUCACAAGUGAUGACUAUGAGUUUCUUCGCCAUAAUAUGGCCAGAGCGCAUCAGAGCCGCGAAGGGGACAACGAGCGCAGGCCUCGCCAUCGGUGUGACCAAUGCAUCGUGUCAGCUCAUGGGCAUUGUGGGUCCUCAGAUAUACCAGUCGAGAUUCGGUCCUACGUACCGAAUGCGAGCGGCCAUCGUUGAAGGCAAGGUCUGA